CGAGCAGGCGGGUUUUCCGUCGGCCCAAUGGGAGCGGCGCGCCGGCCUCCCCUUUAAGGAAUGUUGUGACCUGACGUCACCCAGGCGAGUUACCUCCCGCAGCCGCCACCGCCAGGCUCAGCGCGAGCCCUGCAGCCCUUGAGCUCGAGCCCCGGAGCCCCCGGCGCACCAAACCGCAGCCACAUCCCUGAGCCGCGCGCCCCGGAGCCCCGGCUGCGCGCUCCGCCGGGCCCGCGCCAUGCCCUCCGACCGGCCUUUCAAGCAGCGGCGCAGCUUCGCCGACCGCUGUAAGGAGGUGCAGCAGAUCCGCGACCAGCACCCCAGCAAGAUCCCGGUGAUCAUCGAGCGCUACAAGGGUGAGAAGCAGCUGCCUGUCCUGGAUAAGACCAAGUUUCUGGUCCCAGACCAUGUUAACAUGAGCGAGUUGGUCAAGAUCAUCCGGCGCCGCCUGCAGCUCAACCCCACGCAGGCCUUCUUCCUGCUGGUGAACCAGCACAGCAUGGUGAGCGUGUCCACGCCCAUCGCUGACAUCUAUGAACAGGAGAAGGAUGAAGACGGAUUCCUCUACAUGGUCUAUGCCUCCCAAGAAACCUUUGGCUUCUGAGUCAGGAGUGGGGGUGGGGGUGGUUGGGAAUUCUGGUCAGGCUCUCUCCAGGGAGGUCCUGGCUCCUAAACUGAGCUAUUUCAGUCCCCAGUGGGUUAGGCAGAGAUGUGAACCUUCCCCCCCCCCCCUUUGCCCAGAUAGGGGACACCAGCCAGCCUACCAUGCCCUGGGUCCUGGGCCAGUCACGUAAGGGUAGCUCCUCUGGGUGCUGGCCAGGUUGGGAGUGGGUGGGGAGCAGCACCCCUGCUCUGUGUGGUUUGUAUUUUUUUUUUAAGCCCCUUGCCUGUCUGCAAACCUGUCCCUCAUUCACCUGAGGCUUUUGCCUCCUGCCAGGACCUGCCCACCCCUGAAAGGCUGGCUCCCCUUGUCCUGACAUGGUAUAUGGAUCUGUGGUAAUUUCUUCAGCAGAAUAAAGAUUGCUCAGGCCUGCCUGGCCCUUU